AAAUUCAAUAUUCACCACUAUUACUCAAUCACACAACACACUGCUCUUUUAUAUAAACUCCUCUUUUCCCCCCCUUUCCCUUCAUUUCUUUCAAUACCGAAGUGAAAGGUCGUCUUUGGAGUGCAUAUGUUCAUUUAAGAACUAAUUAAUAUGGGAAAAUCAGAGUGGUGGUACUUUGGAGGUAGAUCAUCGUCUUCUCGUCGAGUCACCACCGUCGAUAUUGAUCAUUUCCAACGACGUGAUCAUUCUCUUCCGAGUUGUAUGAGCACCCUCUUUCACUUAUUUGACUUUCGUUCCUCUCAUUUUACUCACAUCGUCUUCGACAACCACCGCUCGUCCUCCUUCGACCUAUCCCAUCAUCACCCAACUCUACGACCAACUAAAGCUUCCCAUCACGGUGUUGAAGCACCAAGGAACAGCUUGGAAUUAGAUAAUGGAGACUCAAUUUCUUGCUUAAGAAAUAAAGAAGAAAAUUUGCAACUUCAAAUGGGACUUCAAAUCAAAACUAGAAAUGGCAGCACAAAAUCAAAAGCAACUGAACAACAACUUCCAAAUAAUGAUAACAUUAUUGCAUUAGAAUCUCCUAGUACAAAUACACCAAAUCUCUUGGCAAGACUAAUGGGUCUUGAUAAUUUUCCUCAAACGACCUUCUCUUCUUCCUAUAAUCAUUGCAUGCCAAACCUUGGAACACGUUCUCUUUCGGAGAGUCCGAGAAAUUCGUUAUCAAGACUAUCUGACGUCGAUUAUCAUCAUCGUCGCCUCUCACUCCAAAUUAAUAUUCAAGAAAAAGAGAACAAUAAAAUCAAAAUUUGUGAAGAGAUUAGUAAGAGAGAAAAGAAAAAAGUGGAAAGGCCGAAAGUUGCGCUUAUUGAUAUCACCAAUAGUUACAACAAAGUAAGAUCUAAAAUACAAGAAAUUGGUUCUAGUCAAAGUAGAAAAGUUGAGAUGAAGUCCUUGAAGAAACUUAAGAAAACGACAACUAACAAAUCAAGUAGUUCAAAAGUCGUAUGUAGAUCAAAUCAAAAGAACGUAAUAGUUUCGAAUAAGCAAAAGUCGAUAUCAAUGUCGAUGCAAAUACCGAAAGAAAGAAGGGCUAGAGAAGGAGAAGCAUUGGAUUGCCCAAGAAGUAAUAAGCUUGAUCUCCUCGAUCAUUCAACCAUUUUUCAGCCGUGUAGUUACCCAAAAGGCAAGGCGAAAGCGGCCGGGGGAGAAACAAACGCCGUGGACACGGCCACCACCACCGACGGCGGAUCAGCUGAGUUCAAAUACAUCAAAACAAUACAAAUUAGCAGUAAGGAGAAUUCAAACUGGGUCGUCGUCCCAGCCUCAAGGUUCUACCAUAGCGUCGCCGGGGAGGAGCGGCGAUGGAAGAAACGAGUGGAAUUGCAACAGGCCGUAGUGGGAGGGGAUCAAAUUCCAAACAAUAAGGGUUGGUGGCAGAAGCAAAGAGGAAGGAAGAGGGGAUGGGAAUUUCCACAUGUGAAAUUUGAAUUAGUGGAAUAUGCGUUAAUUAACAAAGAUUUGGAGAAAUCAAAGUUCAUAAUAAUGGCGGAGGAAAGAGAAGGGAUUGUAAAGUUGGUUGAGCUUCACAUUUUAGAUUCACUUUUACGAGAACUCACCCAUUCCCUAAUUUCUUAAUUGUAACCAUUUUUCUUUUUUCUCUCUUUAUAUAUAUUUAAUUUACCUCCAUUUUUAUCUCUA